AAACAGCUGCAAAGCGCGAAUAGGUUUUCUGGUUAUGCGUUUGCAUAUUCAUGAUUUUAGAAAACUAUAAUUAAUCAUCCUCAAAGAAGCUAUUUAUUAAAGAAAAUACAAACAAUUCUACCAAAAGCAAUACUGCUCAGCUUUAAGUCAUACAAAUCAUAACCAGAAAACACAAAGAACCUUAAAUCUAGUUCACAAUCAUUGAUUAUAGGGAACAUUGCCACGCAUAAACAUGUUAAUAGCUCCGAACUGUUUUAUUAGGUUUUGUAUAUGAAUUAAACUAGUUGUUAAGCUUAAAAUUAUCAAGUAAAUAGUGUAAUAGAGACAAAAUGCAAAGCAUUGGUUGGACCCUGAUUAUGAAACGUGGCUGCUUUUGCAGAAAAGAGACGCUCAACAUCAAUGGCUCACGAUAUACGAUUCGCGAAAGGCUGGCCCAAGGGGGCUUCAGUCUAAUAGACCUUGGGGAGAAUCCCGCCACCCGACGGAGCUACGCGAUAAAGCGCAUCACCUGCCACAGCAUCGACGACCAGAACAUUGCUCUGCGGGAAAUUGAAAAUUGUAGAAAAAUCGACUCGGAAAAUGUGAUCCGGGUCGUUGAUUACGAGCUAAAGGGUCAGGCAGAUAUCGUCAUCAAUACAACGAGCACAUUGUACAUUGUGCUGCCGUACUACAAGCAUGGCGCACUCUUGGAUCAUCUGCAGUUGCGGGCAAGAAAGCAAGACCACAUGCCGGAGGCACAGAUCGUGCAAAUCUUUUUGGGCGUCUGCGAGGGUGUCAAAGCCAUCCAUGAAGCUAAGCCUGUGCCCCUGGCCCAUCGUGAUCUGAAAACAGCCAAUAUAUGCUUAUCGGAUUCGUUUGAGCCCAUUAUAGUGGAUCUGGGCUCCAUGACGGAGGCACGCUUGCAGAUUGUUAGCCAAUCGGAUGCCCAGCGGCUGCAGGAUGAGGCCGAGGAGCGCAGCUCAAUUGUGUAUCGAGCCCCGGAGUUGUUUUCCGUGAAAAGCUACUGCACCAUUGACGAAAGAACGGAUAUAUGGAGUCUUGGUUGUGUGCUGUAUGCCAUGUGCUACUUCAACUCACCAUUCGAUCCCAUCUAUGAGCGUGGUGACAGCGUUGCCUUGGCCGUACUCAGCGGCAAUAUAAACAUUCCCGAGGAUUCCAUUUAUACAGAGGACAUGCAUGAUCUGAUAAACUAUAUGCUGCGCACGGAUCCCAUGGAGCGGCCGUUCAUCUACAGCGUCAUCGAACGCACUCACGAUCUGAUACAGAAACUAGAGGGUCGCGUAUAGCUUCUCUGUUGCUCAUUUAACACACACCAAACCACCACAUCGAUUCCAACUCGUCUAUAGAACCCUUUCUUGUAUACAGUAACCGAACCCUAACACACCGCUAAAUGUUUUUUGACUACGUAUUAUUGUAAAAUACUUGUAAAAGUGCAGAGAUUUUUGUGAACUUAUAUAUAUUUACUAACUCGAAA